AUGUCAAGAAUUAAGUAUGCAAACACUGAUGAGGAGGUGGAUUCUGGUGCUAAUCCAGUUGAGGAAGAACAUUCUCAUUUUCAGAAACAACUGUUGGCUAGAUUGGAUACUGUGCAGGCAGAACAACAGGAACUACGCACUGCGAUAAGUCAGAUGACUGAAGGACAUAGUAUUAUCAUGCCUCCAAGAAGGUCUGUUGAAAAUCAAGAUGCUCCGGAGAAUGACGUCCCUACUAGCGCUGAGUUAGCUCGAGCUGUGACGCAAUUGGCUCAGCUGACCCAGGCGUUGGGGGAUCGGUUGCUUCAAGAUCUUCCUGUGAAUGGCAACAGGAAUGGCGGUGAUAUAACCAAGUUAGUGGCAAGGCGAAACCCUCCCGUGUUCGCAGGGAAAGAAGAUCUGUUGGAAGCUUUUAAGGACGCUCUGAGAGAGAAGUUCUAUCCUGAGCAUGUCAGGACAGCCAAGUAUGAAGAAUUUCUCCACCUACGUCAAGGAAAUCGUACGGUUCAAGAAUACUAUACUGACUUUAUCAACCUAGCGAGAGUUGCGCUUGCGUUGGUCCCUGACGAGCGUGGCAAAGCAGGCAAGUUCAUUCGAGGACUCAAUUUUGAGACUCAGAAGAACCUGAGUGUGUUCAGAUGCCAAACGUUGGAUGGGGCAUAUGACAGAGCUGCCAGUCAUUGUCUGGUGCAGCAGCUUCAGAGGGAGGUCACUAAGAAGGGCAAGAGAAGAAAUGAGGAAAAUCAGCAGCAGGGUGAGAAGAAGCCUAAGUAUUCUCAUCCUGGGCAGAACCGAAACUUCCAUCGGAAAGGAGGACCUAGGAACCACAAUGGUUACCACGAUCAAAGGAAUCAGAAUCAAGGUCAGAGGAACCAGAAGGUGGACAGACACUACCAUUGCAAGGGAUGUGGCAAGGAUCACCCCGGCGUGGAUUGCGAGGGGAAUGGGGUCAAGUUCUUUAACUGCAACAAGAUAGGGCACCAUGCAUUCGAAUGCUAUGCCCGGAAGGACGGGAACGGUUCUGGUCAGAACCAGAACAAGAACGGAGGAAACAAUGGGAAAAAUGUUAGAGGAGGAAAUCAAGGCAACAACCAAAAUGGUAACAAGAAUGGCGGGAACAACAAUGCUCACAAUGGCAAUGGAGGAAAUGGUGGACAAAGACGUAUUUACGUCAUUAACAAGGUCCAGGCAAAGGCCAGUGAUGUGGUCACAGGUACCUUCUUUGUACACUUUGUACCUGCCUUAGUUUUAUUUGAUUCUGGAGCUACGAACUCCUUUGUAUCAACUGCCUUUAUAAAGAAAAUAGGAGUGGCGCCGACCUCAGAAGUAAAAAUAGCUGUUAAAAUCCCUACCGGUAGUGCAGUGGCUUGUAAGUACGUACAUAAGGAUGUGCUAAUAGAUAUCAACGGAGUAAACUUUCCGGCUAACUUGAUUGAGUUCGAGUUGAAAGACCUCGAUGUAGUAUUGGGGAUGGACUGGCUGAGUGCUUACAAGGCCAAAAUCAUCUGUGACAAGCAGCAAGUUAUCUUAAAGAUUGCUGAAGGUGAUAGGGUGACCUAUCGAGGAAUCAUUACUAAACCUGGAAUCAAGUUGGUGUAUAUGCUGAAGGUUAAGAAGUACGUGAUGAAUAAUCACGAGGCCUACUUGUGCAUGGUUCGAGAUCUUGACUCGAUGGAGGAAACGCUUGAUCAAAUAGCGGUGGUGAGAGAUUUUCAUGACGUCUUUCUAGAAGAGAUACCCGACAUGCCACCAGAAAGGGAGAUAGAAUUUGCUAUCGACUUAGUGCCUGGAACUGUACCAAUCUCAAAGACGCCUUACAGGAUGGCAUCGAAGGAGAUGCAAGAAUUGAAAGAGCAGCUGCAAGAGUUACUGGAUAAGGGCUACAUCUGA